AUGCAAGAAAUGGACACAACCGCAAUGGAAACUCGACAACUUCAUUCAAUUCAACAAGAAGCGAUGAAGAAAAUUGCUGAAUUUUCAGGAGAAGCUAAUGAAAUCGAUAUUGAUGAAUGGUUAUUCGAUUUAAAUAAUUUAUUUUCAUUAAUGAAAUUAAAAGAUGAAACAAGAAUUCUUGAAACAAUGGGCAAAUUAACAGGACCAGCACUACGAUGGUAUCAAGAUAAUUUACAAUUAUUUACCAAUUGGAGUGAUGCUGAAAAAGCAUUACGAGAUCGAUUUAAAGAAUUUACAUCGGACACAUUUUUUGAACAUGCAUUACCAACAGAAAUAAUUCAACCAACAUCAACAACUGUUCAUUCAUCGAAUCGACAACAAUUGAUGCCUCAUCAUUAUUAUAAAAAACAACAAUCAACAACAGCAAAUAAUCGAACACAUACAACACAAAAUGGUCAUUUAAUUUCCCAACACUAUCGAAAAGAUUAUUCAGGUAACAAAACACAACAAUUAAAUGCAUGUUUAAUUUGUAAUAGGAACAAUCAUACAACAACAAAGUGUUUUUAUAAGAAGGGAUCGGAUGAUGGCGACGAUCCCUGUGGAGACAAAAAGUCAUCAACCUCAACAACAUUCAAUCCUAUCUUCGUCCAAAUUUUAUGCAACAACACUCCACCAAAAGCACUAAUUGAUACCAGAUCGGCCAUCACUAUUAUACAUCAACAUCUAUUAAAUGAUAUACCACAUGAAAAAUUAAUACCAAAAACAAUAAAUCAUUUAUCUGCAAAUUGCUCUACAUUAAAUAUUAUUGGUGAAAUACCUUUAGAAAUAAAUGUCAAUGGAAUAAAAACAAAAAUUAUUGCUGAUGUUACAACAAAUCUCGUUACAAAUUUAAUAUUAGGUAGUGAUUGGAUUCAAUCAAACAACGUUUAUAUUCUUACACCUGAACAACGAAUUAUGAUAGGAAGUCGAGGUAAAGAAGUAUCAACUCCUUUUGUAAAACCACCUCUUCUCGGGGUGUGGGUGUGGGUGUCGGUGUGGGUGAUGUGGGUGUGGGUGUGGGUGGUGUGGGUGUGAGUGGGUGUGGGUGUGGGUGUGGGUGUGGGUGUGGGUCGG